AUGAACCAUUCAAUGAGAUUAGCUAUUUUCAAUGAGUUUGUCAGCUUGAAGUUGCUUUCAGUUGCAGAGACACGCUUUGCUUCUGUUAUUGUGAUGAUGAAAAGAUUUAAACUUAUAAAAGGUGGUCUCCAAGCAAUGGUCAUAAGUGACAAGUGGACUUGCUAUAAGGAGGAUGAUGUAGGAAAGGCCGAUUAUGUGAGAGAGAAGCUGUUGGAUGAACAAUGGUGGGGAAAGAUUGAUUAUAUCCUUUCCUUUACUUCACCUAUUUAUGACAUGCUAAGGGCUUGUGAUACCGAUAAGCCUUGUCUUCACUUAGUUUAUGAUAUGUGGGAUAUAAUGAUUGAAAAAGUGAAGAUGGCAAUAUAUAGGUAUGAAAGAAAGCGACAAAGUGAAAGUUCUUCCUUUUAUGAAGUGGUGCAUGGGAUACUUGUAGCUCGUUGGAACAAGAACAAUACUCCGCUUCAUUGCUUGGCACAUUCACUAAAUCCAAGGUACUAUAGUGAUGUGUGGCUUAGUGAAGACCAAAGUCGAGUUCCACCACACAAGGAUUUAGAGGUCUCAAGAGAGAGAACAAGGUGCCUUAAAAAAUACUUUAGUGACCCACAAGAGCGUUCAAAAGUCCAAUUGGAGUAUGCUAAUUUUUCAUCAAACUCGGGGGAAUUUGGGGAGAGUGAUUCUAUAUGUGAUAGAUAUACCAUGGAUCCUAAAAGUUGGUGGGUUGUACAUGGUUCAUAUGGUCCCUUGCUUCAAGAGUUAGCUUUGAAGUUGCUUGUCCAGCCUUCUUCCUCCUCAUGUUGUGAGAGGAACUGGAGUACUUAUUCUUUUAUUCACUCAUUGAGAAGGAACAAGAUGGCGCCAUAA